GCGUCGUCGUUUCGUAUAGAAAAUAAUGUUUCUUUGUGCAGAAUGAAGUAAAUGAGAGCCGCUUCCAUUAAUAAAAACGGAAAGGAUUUAGUUGACCGGAACCUGGUUCGCCGUUCGCUCUUAUCAUCGUCAUCGAAAAAUGAAAAAUGGGCAAAAAAUGUGUGGUGCACGGCUGCGGAAGCCGAACCGGAGAUACGGUUUCAUUUUACGGAUUUCCGAACGAUCCUGACACGUUGACAAAAACAGCAUCCCUGGAAAAACGUUUGACUCUGCCACUAGUGCAGCUGCGAGAAGCUGUGAAUCGAUAGCGAACGCAUGUAGAAGAUGCGAAGCCGUUUACCGAACAAACAGCACGGAGAUACUAACAAUAGUUAAUUUCCAGUGAAAAGGUUAUUCUCGAGGCGAAUCCCUGAAAAUUAUCAAUACGUGCAAUUCGAUUCUAAUGGAAGCCAGCCAGGAGAUACCGAACCAUUUGCUGGAGAAACAGUCUGUCGUGACUUCACGUCGUGAUUGGUACAACGAACGUGGAACAAUCCCAAAUCGGUGCCGAUAGAAAGAAAUGAAAGACAAACUGUAGUAAUUGAACUAUUAGGAGCAAGAAAACAAUCUGCGUUUCAGUGCCACCUCGCGGUAAAACAGAAAAUGUCGAGCUCCCAUAUUUUGUAUAUUCGUACAGAGCUUAUACUGGCAAAAAACCAGACAUCUCAGUGUUUGAUGAAGAGAAGAACUGUGCCCUGCGUUAAACCACGAAGACCCCGUUAUUCGUAUGAAAGCUACUCAGUUGCUUUCUAUGGUUCAUAAAAAUCUUUCAUCCGACUUGUUGUCCGAGACACAGACAACACAUACUACUGCAACGACUGUGACCGGUUGAAAAACCAUUAGGUAAUUCCAGCUAUUCUGGAGGGUGUUGACACUUGCCUCUAUUAAACACUUCCGGCGUGGUUCGGCCGUCAAACUUUCCAGCUACCAGUUUUUGAACAUUCCUUGUCCGAGCCAAGCGAAGGAUGAACGUGCCAAAUACAAAAAGUUGCUGGUGGCCAAGAUGGAUUCGUUACGAUUGCUGGUGCUGAAAAAAAUAUUGCGGAGCGUUUGACAUACCGGAUAUGAAAAACACUUGGACGAUAUAUGGAAUACUUUGAAAUUGGAGCUGAUGCCAGGUGGUGGCAACAAGGAAUAUCUGAUAUUUGAACUGGCGCUGGAAACAAAAAUGUUGUAAAAUGUUUGAAAACGGUAUCAAAGUUCCACUGGCCUGUGCGAGAGGACCGUACGAGUCAGCACAUUUUGUGGCUAAUAAGCUUCUGCCUAUGACAUUAUCCCAAUUAAAGGAGGACGCAAUCACGGAACAUCUCGUGCUAAACCGAACAUUGUUGGUUUGCAUGAGGAAGGAACAUGACAUCUUGAAAUAAAUGGAUCAGCAGCCGCUCGAAGUUGUGCAAAAGCAGUUUGUCCAAAUUCCAAUUUCAUCUGGGAAUGCUGACCACAAUCCUAACUAUUUAGGAAAACAUCCUAGAUUUGAAGUGUGGCCUGGAUCAUUAAUUGGAAUCUACAGAAAACGACUUGAUGAUUCCCGGCCUUUCUAGAUGGAAGAGAUGAAGCGGAAUCCAGUCGAAGAAACGGUCUAACAGGACGAGCAUGUUUUCCCGAAACCGAUGUUUUGCGAUUUUUGGAGUGGGACGAAGAAUAUACCGUGGAUUUUUCUGGCACCUGCAGCCAAUGCCUGCAAAGCGUGAUUGAAGAAACCCAAAGUGCCAUACAGCAACAAGGACAAUUACCACGACUAGUGACCGGAAUCGAACUGGAAUCCUUUUCCGAUUAUAUGAGUACAUGGACACUUGGUUGGCCACAUCACCGAUGCUGCUAUGCCUGGCUCCAUAACCGUCGGUCUUGAGCGAUGUUUCUCCAGUUUUCCCGAAUGUCCGAUUCCGAAAGGUCCGAUUCCACCGCAAACAGCCAGCGUGUUAGUGGCCUUCCAUGAAUGCACCACCAGCGGUUCUCAACGUAUCGACAUAUAAUAUUCUACGUAUGCAGUCACAAACAGCAGUCUAGUGGAUCGAUUGAGAUUCCUAUAGACUUGAUCCUAGGUAGCGAUAUUCCGGCGGCGACGCAUGCUACUAAAGAACUGGAAGACCACAAUCUGAUUGCUAUCUUGGAAGGUGAUGAUGCGAACAUUACGGAACAGCGACCGAAAUUUAAGUUAAAGUCGGUGGUUGCGACGAAGCCAUUGCCAUUCAUGAAAUCCAAUAAGAAGAACCGCAAAAAGAAUAAGCAUAUUAAGAAGAAAAAGAAGGUAUCUUCCUCAUCAUCCGCGGAUUCGUCAUCAUCGGACAACAACGAGGAGGAAGAGGAGUGGGUCGAAAAGUCGGGUAGCAAAGCGGAAGCCACAGCCGGAACUUCCAUGGGUAGUGGUGGCGCGGACGAGGAACUGGGCGAUGGCGUCGUGGGACCGACCAAAACCAGCCGUAAUCUAAGCCAGGACUUUGGUCGGGCACUGCUGCCUGGUGAAGGUGCCGCGAUGGCCGCCUAUGUGACCGAGGACAAGCGAAUUCCGCGGUGUGGUGAAAUCGGGCUUACAUCGGACGAGAUUGAGGGUGAGGGUGCCGCGAUGGCCACCUAUGUGACCGAGGACAAGCGAAUUCCGCGGCGUGGUGAAAUCGGGCUUACAUCGGAUGAGAUUGUCAACUUUGAGGACUUUGGAUACGUGAUGAGUGGUAGCAGACAUCGUCAUAUGGAGGCGGUCCGUAUUCGUAAGGAAAAUCAAAUCUAUUCUGCGGACGAAAAACGAGCGCUGGUCAUGUUCAGCAAGGAAGAACGUCAGAAGCGCAAAAACAAGAUCCUGUCACAGUUCAAGGAGAUGAUCAGCUCUAAACAACCCCAAUGACAAGCGUUGAGUAGUUUAGCGUUAACAGGCGUUAACUAGUAUUAACUGCGGGCGUGCUCUCAGGUUCGUCUCCAUACUUAUUUUCUGCCACAUCGCCAUUCAGAUGCCCUUCGUAGUGCUGCCGCCACCUUUGGGUUAUCUUUUAUAUUACUGUUUUUAAAUAAUAUGGACCUAUGGACAAUGAAAAAUAUAA